CCGAAGAAGACGUAGCGCAACAAACUGAAGCGCCGCAAACGCCAACAAUUGAUUGCGUUUCUGAAGUUGUUCACUGAGGUGUAACAAACAUUUCAGCGCGGAGGAAAUUGCUGUUUGAGUUGAAAAGGACGACUUUUACGGUCGUCCUGUCGGACUGAGCCCCGGAGAGCAAUAGCAGUGUCUGCCUGAUAUUGGGACAGUCGGUCAGAAUGGACCCCGCUCUACUGAGGGAGAGGGAGCUCUUCAAGAAGAGAGCUUUGUCCACGCCGGUUGUAGAAAAGAGACCAGCUACGUCAGAUUCUGUGUCACACAAGAAGAAGAAGCCCAGAAUAGAAAAAGAGGGUUCAUCAGGGUCCAAACAGAGUGCUGAGUCUAGUAAUGGCAGUUUUAACAUUAAGACGAGCUCCGGCUACAAGUUUGGGUGUCUUGCAAAGAUAGUCAAUUACAUGAAGACAAGACAUCAAAAUGGCGACACACACUUCCUGACACUAGAGGAAAUUCUGGAUGAGACCAAACUUCUUGACAUCAGCAUGAAACAAAAGCAGUGGCUCAUGACUGAGGCAUUGGUCAGUAAUCCAAAAAUUGAUGUCCGGGAUAGCACGUAUGGCUUCAAACCCAAGUACAACCUGAAGGACAAAAAAGCUUUAUUGAGGCUGCUGGACAAACAUGACCAACUUGGCCUCGGAGGAGUGCUACUGGACGAAGUCGAGGAGGGGCUGCCCAACUCUGCGAGGGCCAUCAAGGCUUUGGGGGAUCAGAUCACAUUUGUGACGAGACCAGAUAAGAAGAAGAUUCUGUUCUACAAUGAUAAACACUGCCAAUUUCUGGUGGAUGAAGAAUUUCAGAAACUGUGGAGGAGCGUUCCGGUGGAUUCCAUGGAUGAAGAAAAGAUUGAAGAGUACUUGAAAAGGCAAGGCAUCACCUCCAUGCAGGAAUCGGGGCCGAAGAAAGUGUUACCAGUUCAGAAGAGGAAGAAGCAAGCUGGUCAGCGAAAGAGACACUUCAAGACCCACAACAACCAUUUGGCAGGAGUACUGGAGGACUAUGCAGAUGGAGUGCCAGUCAAAAAGUGAAAUUAAACAGGAACACGGACAGCUCAAAUACUGUAUUAGCUUAUUUUGCUCCUCUUGUGGUCCUUGUGAAUAGUGACUACUUGCGGAAUCCAUUUUAGCUAUCGAGCCAGAAGGAUGUUUGAAGACAGGAAAAUUAUCUAGAGCCUUUCAGACAAAGCCAUCAUCAAAGGGGCUAACACCACUUUGCAAACAAAACUAGGCUGAAAUGUGUGUAAAUAGUUUUUUUAAUUAUACUUUAACACAAAAGUGUGUAUAUAGAGGACAUUUUCAGCAAUGCUUCAAUACAGUUCCAUACUGAAUGAUUCCCCCCUCCGUGUAUGUGUGCGUGGUGGGGGUUGUUGUGUUGAAAGAAUUGGAAUUAGAAAGGAUUGUGUUGUGCGUCACAGAUGUCAUCCAGAAUGGAUCGACUUUGAUGUCAACAUCAGUUAAUAUUUCAGUUGUUUUACUUUGCAGGGCCAUUCCAUUCUGCUUUUAAUAAAAUACUCUCAAAAAACUGAUGUUUCUU